AUGGCGUCUCUUCAAGCUUCCAUCGAGCCCUUCUCGGGGAAGGCCUGGACGUCAUGGAUUCAACGCCUUGGAUUCUACUUUGUGGCGAAUUCCAUCACAGCCGACGAGAAGAGGCGAGCCCUGCUCCUGACUCUGUGCGGGCCGGAUACAUUUGAAACCGUCCGCGCACUGGUUGCACCAAAGAGCCCAGGAGAAGUGCCGUAUGAAGAAAUCGUCCAAACCUUGGCUGCACAUUACGACCCACGCCCAUCUGAGCUGUACUGUCGCUGCAAAUUCCAAAGACGCGACCAACAACCAGGCGAGUCCAUUGCUGUUUACGUUGCCGCUUUACGUAAACUCGCCGUGGAUUGUAACUUCGGCGUUGGGGCAUUGCCCGCCGCUGAGGCGACGGCAACCACGGCCGCCGCAACCACCGCGCUCCCCCUAGAUAUCAUGUUACGCGACCGUUUCGUCUGCGGUAUCCGAAACGAGCUCGUUCAACAGCGUCUGUUCGCCGAGAGGGACCUUACCUUUCAGAAGGCUUUCGACCUCGCCGAGAGAGCGGAAAGCGCUGCCCUGCAGCAAAAGAGCAUCAAGCUCGAAACAGAAAAGUUAGAAGUGCACAAAACAAGCCACAAGAAAGGAGGCGCAAAGGGAGAGCAGCACACUCCACGCACGGCACACUGCUACAGAUGCGAUGGCUCGCACGAUCCGGGUGAGUGCAAGUUCCGGAAUUCUUCAUGCAACUAUUGCAAGAAAAUUGGGCACAUUGAAAGAGCUUGCAUCGCAAAGAAAAAGCAACGCAAAACUGCUACGCAUCAAAUGGAGCCUAGACCUGCAAGCAUGGAAGAGUCGGGAGACAGUUCAGCAUGGGGCCUUAAUACAGUAAAGAGCCUGCCAGCAUGCCCGAAGUUCAUGGUGCCGCUACGCGUUAACGGGAAGCUUCUAGAGUUCGAAGUUGACUCUGGUGCAGCGUAUUCGCUAAUCAGCAAGGAAACUUACGACAAGAGUUGGCCUACAAAACCACCUCCUCUAGCCCAAGCAGACUUAAACCUCCACACCUGGUCAGGAGAGCACUUGAGCCUCGUUGGCACUGCUCAAGUACAAGUGCGGCACAAGACUAAAGAUUACGUUCUUCCAUUGCAUAUCAUGGAAGGCAGCGGAUGCAACCUUCUGGGCCGUAAUUGGUUCAGUACUCUCAAAAUCCGGCUGCAAGGCGUAAAUCAAACGGAUGAUGCAACGCACACAGAGCCCGCAGUGCUGCACCGCCUAUUAGAAAAGCACGCACGUGUUUUUAAUGAAGAUGUCAUCACUUACGAGGGACCCCCAGUUCACAUUGAGCUAGAUCCAAACGUCCCACCACGCUUUUGCAAGGCGCGACCGGUUCCUCUUGCGCUCAGACCGGCUGUGAAGGAAGAGUUAGAUCCCUUGGAGAAACAGGGCAUUCUGCAACCAGUGCAACACUCGGACUGGGCAACACCCUUGGUGUUGGUUCGGAAAAAGUCCGGAUUGUUAAGACUGUGUGGCGACUAUAGAAGCACAGUAAAUACAGCGUUCUUGAAAGCGGCAUACCCGCUUCCCACCACUGAGGAGGUGCUGUCGACUCUUAGAGGUGGAAGAAUGUCUCCAACGCUUGAUCUAUUUCAAGCCUAUCAGCAACUUCCGGUCACCGAAAACACAGCAAAAGUACUGACCGUGAACACCAUGAAUGGACUGUACGCAGUCAAGAGACUUCCAUUCGGAAUCUCAGCAGCACCAGCAAUAUUCCAAAAAAUCAUGGAGACAACUCUCGCAGGAAUUCCUGCCACCAGCGUGUACCUCGACGACAUAAUUGUCUGCGGAGAAACGCCAGAGCAACACAACGAACGGCUAGACCAAGUGUUGUCAAGACUGGGUAAUAUCGGCCUGUGCCUACAGAAAGACAAAUGUCGAUUUGGGGACAUGAAUGUGGAAUUCCUAGGACAUCGCAUCGAUGAACAAGACGGCCAGGCUGACAAUCAGCAAGAGGUGCCGACUGGAGGCGCUCCAGAGUGCUGUGCCACGCCAGCGCCACUCCCAUCCGACGACACUUUGCAGGGACCACCACAGCGGCCUCCGAGACGUCGCCGUCCCCCCGACCGUUACCAAGAUCAGUGGUGA